ACGACAGCGCGCAAAGACUCGGAGACAACUCCGUGAGAGGCUGGAUAUCAACAGAAGAGACGCACAUCUGGUCAAUUGCUGAAUAGGGGAAGAGAGAUUGCGACGCUGCCAAGUCAGUCUCCGGAUAACCGACGGUAAACAAGGCAACGAAGCUCCACACCUAGGAAUACCAUUGCAGCAACACGAGCGCAACAACCCCCUCGCCCUGCUCGACCCCAACUGAACGCAAAUCCAUCGCGAACCACGUGCGACGAAGCUUCAAAGUUCAAAAUACCGAAAAAAUGGCGCGCGCAGGACACUCAGGCACAGUAGUCGGCUCGGCGAUAGUAGUACGGGAAAAGUACUACUGGCCAGACUUACAACUGAACAUCUGGACAAUAGUUAUGCUGGCAACAGCAGGACUGAUAUUGGGCGUGAAUGCGCAAUUCAUGGAGAUACAGAAUCGAAUGGGUUUGGGAACACCAUGGAUCAUGCCAUAUGGUGUCACAGUAGGCACUCUUGCUAUCAUCUUCAUCAUUAUCGAAAUCAUCUACAUUGCGCAACGGAAGCUCCUUCCUGGCGUCAUGAUGUUGUUUUCCUUCAUCCUGCUCGUCCUCUUCCUCGCCGGCGUCAUUGGAACUGCGAUACAACUCUUCGCUGGACCCAAUAUCAACAACCAAUGCAAUACCUAUGUGUUCAAUACCGAUCCAAGGGGUCCCACCAUGGAAACGCUAGCGUUUUUGCAGCAGAGGAAUAUUUGCCAGUGCUGGCAGGCUCAGUUUGCAUUUUGGAUCAUCGGAACGGUGUUUCUCGUCUGGAUGAUGGUCAUGGCUAGCCAAGUCAACUCCAACACCUACGUCAGGUAGUAAUGUGUUGUGAUCUUGGCUUUUUUUGUUAUGAGAAACAUUUCCAAACUUCUUUGCAUGUAAUGCUUUGUUUUCUUACUUUUUUCUACAAUUCAUGUGCCACGUGUCUAUGAAGGUACUGGUGGUAAGCAUGUACCAUGUAAUUUGGGCGAAAGCAACAGCGAAUGUUGUAAUACAUAAAUGAUGAACGAGAUACUGAUUGUAUUAACGCACAGCAGCGGAAUGAGCGCAUGUGUGUAAGAGUAACAGUACACCUAGAUGUUAGCAAUAGGAACGAAGAAUGAGAAUGGAUGUCUUGAAGCAUAGCGC